AAAGGCAACCAAAUUAGGGUUCUUCAUCUUUCUAUAUUCCCCAUCCCCUUAUUCUAUGUGUGGGUAGUCCAACCGACGGAGAAACCGCUUGCCAUCUUUGAGAGGAGUAGAUAACAAGUUCUUGAGGGGAGAGAUAAGUAGCAUCCCUAAGAACACGACAUCGCUGAUCCCUUCAAAGUCUUUAAAUUAUUGUCCACCAUCUGAUCUUUUAUGAUCAUUUGUUGCCACUUAUUCCUACCAAACAACGAGAGAGAUCAUUUCAUUCUGCACCGUAGGUAUUUCCAAGUCCAUGCAUUUGAAGCUGCAAGAAUCAUGAUGUGGAAAGAGAGAGAGAGAGUAUUGAUAAGGAAGUUGUAGAACGGAAUGUGUAUAUAUUACUAGUAAUAAAGAUGGGAUUGGUGCAAGUUUAGAGGGAGAAAGUGAUGGGGGCAGUGGCCAAACACGCAACUGUAAGGGUGAUCGGAUAGUUCUUUCUACCUCUCCUUGUCGUGCAAAACGAACAAAAAGGACUUGCCAUCCAAACCCUAACCCAACCCAUCCCUUUUACUUCUCCUCUUCCUCCUCCUGCGCCCUCUUCUUCUCUUUCAGCAGGUAGGGCUGAUGGGAUCGACGUCGGCUUCGGCCGGAUCUGGUGACGCCAAGGCUUGCCCUCGUGGUCACUGGAGGCCCGGCGAGGAUGAGAGACUGCGGCAGCUGGUGCAACAGUUUGGUCCUCAGAACUGGAACUCCAUUGCUGAGAAGCUGAAAGGAAGAUCAGGUAAGAGCUGUAGGCUGAGGUGGUUUAACCAACUUGACCCACGGAUCAACAGAAGGCCAUUCACAGAAGAAGAGGAAGAGAGGCUGCUGGCGGCGCAGCAAGUUCAGGGGAACAAGUGGGCGCUGAUCGCGCGGCUCUUCCCGGGAAGGACGGACAACGCCGUGAAGAACCAUUGGCAUGUCAUCAUGGCCCGGCGGCACCGGGAGAGAUCGAAGCUGUUUAGGAAGAGGGCCAGCUUCCCGGAUCAGAUCCAUCCGGUCUCAGCUCCUCAGGAAGGAAGCCAUCGACGGCAUCUCCGAUUUGGUUCUGAUAGCGACUUCCGCGUCGUCUCACCCUCAGGCUUCAUGCUUUGGCGAGCUUUCUCGGGAUCAAGGGACUACCCUAGCACUCCCAAAUGUAGUUCCGGUGUUCUCCUCGACAGCUCGCAGCUCCAUGGCCGCUCGCUUCGCCCUCAUCAUCAAGCUUACAGAAGCCUCAGCGUAGAUGCCAACUGUUCUGAUUAUGCAGUGAGUGCACGCGACAUGGCUCGAGAUGGAAGCGAUUCAGCUAAUAGUAGAGCUAUCAGCGAGCAGAUCAAUGACAGAAGCAAGAAGGUUGCCUUCAUAGAUUUCUUGGGAGUUGGAAUAGCUUCUUGAAUCCAAGAACCUUUCGACUCCUCGGAUUUAGGCUACAGAUUGGGGUCCAAAUUAGGAGAGACAACCGAGUCGGCCGGCCAUUAUUUUGCUUUGGGGUCUCUGACAUAUCAAAACAUCAUCCAUUAAUCUGACACAAGUCGUGGGAAGAAGUAUUACUUCCCCACCAUGGAUUGCAUCUGUUCUCGUUCCUUCCUUCCUCUGUGUUGUGGGCAUGAAGAUGUGCAGGGUAGACGAUCGCAUCGGAUGGCGGCAUAUGCAUGCAUGCAUGCAUGCAUCUCAGUUGUGAUUGUUAUCAUCAGCAUGUAAUUUAUGUAAUCAAACUGUGACAGUGCAACCCUAACUAUGAAUUGCAUGAACAGGUUCUGUAAUUUGCAUUCAGAUUUAGCAACUAAGAUGUAACCAUUAUCUCAAGGUGUUCAAUGAAUGUGCUGAAGGUGUAAUGCUUCUUAA